AUGACUGUAAAGAAGCUAAUCAAUCUGGAGUGGGAGGUUAAAAAUUUAAGUUUUGAUCAGAGUGGAACAUUUUUAGCUGUUGCUGGUACUGAUGUUAGACUGUGUAGAGCGUACCGGACAACGUCAAACGCCACACUACAGGUACUUGCAGGAUGUGCUCCACUACACUUGAAAGCCAAGAAAUUAACAUGGACAUGGACACUUAAAAAUAUACUCAUUACUGACGACGGCAACAAUAAACUAAAGAAAUAUGCAGAGAUAGGAAUUCUCCCUAACCUAGACUACACUUUUCUCAAAAACUUUGUGCAGGAAGAAGGCGUAACAAAGAAGACUAAUACUUAUACUCAUCCAGCAAGUAAUAACAAAGUGGAGAUAACAGAGGUUAACGCAGAGCCAAUUCCUAAACAUCUCGUAUUUAAGGAUGGCUCUAAAAACAAUAAUAAUGUAGGAACAGCAUUCAUCCAUUUUAUACACGGCAACUCACAGUACAGACACGAAGCUGGUUUUAAACUGGUUAGCUACACCACGGUGCCAGAAGGUGAAAUAUAUGCCAUCUAUCAAGCCAUCUCCUAUAUCUACACUCUUAAAAAUUACAGAGGACAUUUGAGAAUAUGCACCGAUAGCCAAAUGGCAUUACACAGGAUAAAUAGUGAAAAUUCAAAAUGCUACACGACAAAUCUUAUUCAGGACAAAUUGACUAAUUUGCACAGCUUUAAGGUGAGUUUCGCUUGGAUGAAAGGAUAUUGUGGAAUCCAAGGAAAUCAGGCAGCUGAUAGACUGGCGAAGCAAUUUGCCAAUAGUGAACAUAACAUCAUAUAUACUGAACUCACAGAAAAUAAUAUAAAAAACUUGCUUCAAGAAACCAUCAUCCAAUUAUGGCAAAUGGAAUGGGAGAAAGGAGACACGGGGAGAGUAACAUAUGGUUUCAUACCAAACAUUCAACAUUGUCUCAAAAUGUAG